AUGACGUGGGACGUGGACGUGGACGUGGACAUGGACGUGGACGUGGACGUGGACGUGGACGUGGACGUGGACGUGGACGUGGACAUGGACGUGGACGUGGACGUGGACAUGGACGUGGACGUGGACGUUGACGUGGACAUGGACGUGGACGUGGACGUGGACGUGGACGUGGACAUGGACGUGGACGUGGACGUGGACGUGGACAUGGACGUGGACAUGGACGUGGACGUGGACGUGGACGUGGACGUUGACAUGGACGUGGACGUGGACGUGGACAUGGACGUGGACGUGGACGUGGACGUGGACAUGGACGUGGACGUGGACGUGGACGUGGACAUGGACGUGGACGUGGACGUGGACGUGGACGUGGACAUGGACGUGGACGUGGACUGGGACGUGGACAUGGACGUGGACAUGGACGUGGACGUGGAGGUGGACAUGGACGUGGACGUGGACGUGGACGGGACAUGGACGUGGACAUGGACGUGGACGUGGACGUGGACAUGGACGUGGACAUGGACGUGGACGUGGACGUGGACAUGGACGUGGACGUGGACAUGGACGUGGACGUGGACGUGGACGUGGACAUGGACGUGGACGUGGACGUGGACGUGGACGUGGACGUGGACGUGGACGUGGACGUGGACGUGGACAUGGACGUGGACGUGGACGUGGACGUGGACAUGGACGUGGACGUGGACGUGGACGUGGACGUGGACAUGGACGUGGACGUGGACGUGGGACGUGGACAUGGACGUGGACAUGGACGUGCGUGGACGUGGACAUGGACGUGGACGUGGACGUGGACGUGGACGUGGACGUGGACAUGGACGUGGACGUGGACGUGGACGUGGACGUGGACGUGGACAUGGACGUGGACGUGGACAUGGACGUGGACGUGGACAUGGACGUGGACAUGGACGUGGACGUGGACGUGGACGUGGACGUGGACGUGGACGUGGACGUGGACGUGGACGUGGACGUGGACGUGGACGUGGACGUGACGUGGACGUGGACGUGGACUUGGACGUGGACGUGGACGUGGACUUGGACGUGACGUGGACAUGGACGUGGACGUGGACGUGGACAUGGACGUGGACGUGGACGUGGACAUGGACGUGGACGUGGACGUGGACGUGGACGUGGACGUGGACGUGGACGUGGACGUGGACGUGGACGUGGACGUGGACAUGGACGUGGACGUGGACGUGGACAUGGACGUGGACGUGGACGUGGACAUGGACGUGGACGUGGACGUGGACGUGGACAUGGACUUUGACGUGGACGUGGACGUGGACGUGGACAUGGACGUGGACGUGGACGUGGACGUGGACGUGGACGUGGACGUGGACGUGGACAUGGACGUGGACGUGGACGUGGACGUGGACGUGGACGUGGACGUGGAGGACGUGGACGUGGACAUGGACGUGGACGUGGACGUGGACGUGGACGUGGACAUGGACGUGGACGUGGACGUGGACAUGGACGUGGACGUGGACGUGGACGUGGACGUGGACAUGGACGUGGACGUGGACGUGGACGUGGACAUGGACGUGGACAUGGACGUGGACGUGGACGUGGACUGGACGUGGACGUGGACGUGGACGUGGACAUGGACGUGGACAUGGACGUGGACGUGGACGUGGACGUGGACGUGGACGUGGACGUGGACGUGGACGUGGACAUGGACGUGGACGUGGACGUGGACAUGGACGUGGACGUGGACGUGGACGUGGACGUGGACGUGGACAUGGACGUGACAUGGACAUGGACGUGGACGUGGACGUGGACGUGGACAUGGACGUGGACGUGGACGUGGACGUGGACAUGGACGUGGACAUGGACGUGGACGUGGACAUGGACGUGGACGUGGACGUGGACGUGGACGUGGACGUGGACAUGGACGUGGACGUGGACGUGGACGUGGACAUGGACGUGGACGUGGACAUGGACGUGGACGUGGACAUGGACGUGGACAUGGACGUGGACGUGGACGUGGACGUGGACGUGGACGUGGACAUGGACGUGGACGUGGACGUGGACAUGGACGUGGACAUGGACGUGGACAUGGACGUGGACGUGGACAUGGACGUGGACGUGGACGUGGACAUGGACGUGGACGUGGACAUGGACGGGACGUGGACGUGGACGUGGACGUGGACGUGGACGUGGACGUGGACGUGGACGUGGACGUGGACGUGGACGUGGACGUGGACGUGGACAUGGACGUGGACGUGGACGUGGACGUGGACGUGGACGUGGACGUGGACGUGGACGUGGACGUGCAUGGACGUGGACGUGGACGUGGACGUGGACAUGGACGUGGACGUGGACGUGGACGUGGACGUGGACAUGGACGUGGACAUGGACGUGGACGUGGACAUGGACGUGACGUGGACGUGGACGUGGACGUGGACGUGGACAUGGACGUGGACGUGGACGUGA